AUGUCUGCUGCCAUGGCUGCCCAUUUGUCGGUGGCGACUGCCCAGUCAUCAUCGCUCACUGCUGCUCGUCAAAAUGUUAUCCACCUCUACCGCGAUUUCCAGCGUGGAGUUCCUGAGAUCAUGCGUACACACCAAAUCGAUAUCCCCAUGUCCAUGAUCCGUACGAAGAUUCGCGAGGAGUUUGAGCGCCACCGCGACGUCAAGGAUUUGGCUGUGAUCGACAUCUUGCUGCUCAAGGGUCGUCAGGAGUACCAGGAGACCAUGAAUGCGUGGAAGCAGGAGACUCACAUCAUGCGCUACUUUAUUAAGGAUGAUGCUCCUCCCAAGCCCGAAGGCUUCCUGGAAAAGUUUUUGGCCGGCAGAGAUUAA